CUGACUGACUGACUGACACUUUUUGUUUUUUCUUUCCCGGCACCUGUGCCCGGCUGUCAGACGGUUCAGAGUGUGACUGCUGUCAUCUUUGCAGAGGAACAACAGGCUCAGUGACAAAGGUUCCUCCGAAGCCACCCAGAGGACCCCAAAUGUUGAGGGAAGGGAUGGAAGAAAGCUAUGAGACAUUUGAGGAGGAGUUAGGGCCAUCAAGAGCAGAUUCUCUUCCACAGAAGCCUGUUCGACAGAUCCGCAGACCAGAAAUGUAUGCUACAAGAAAAGUCAGAGAGGAAAUGGCUCCACAGCAACCGAGAGCAGAACCCAAGACUUUACCCAGAGAACCCAGCUUUCCAAGAACAACAACCUUGCCUAAAGCCUUGUCCAGCCAAAACCUGGCCCAGAUUGAAAGACCAUGGGAAAAUGUCACCCUCAACCGCUGUCUUUUUAUGGCCAUAACCAUCCUGGUGCUUACCUCAGGCUUUCAGAGGCUUCAUGAAACCAUGCGAGGUCGGGGGCCAUCAGAGGAGGACGAGGAAGUCGAAUUGACAGUGAGACGGCCGGGUGCAUUACGACACAGAGGACAACCCGCAGAGCCUGAAACAACACUAUGGGAAGUCAUGUUGUGGUGGUUGCCAGACCUUGAUGAUGAAGAUGAGGAGGACGAAGAGGAUGACGAUGAAGAUGGAGGAGUUAAAAGAGGAAAGUCAAAGAGAGGAGCACCAGCACGAGCAUCCAAAGGUCUAAGAAACAAGCCACUACCAGACAAAAAGCUCUUGAAGCAAAGAGAGGGAAAAGUGAAGGACAAAAGAGCCAAAAAGGCCAAGGAUGAUGAAUACAAAGAGAAGAAAGAAAGAGAUAAAUCAGAGGAACUCGAUGAGGAAGCGGGUGAUGAAGAUGCCGAGGACAGAGAUGAGGAGGCAGUGCCCAAGAAAACAAAAAAAAUGGUGGAAAAGAAGAAAACUCUGAAGGGAUAAGAUGCUUUCUUUGUUUCUCUUUCACUGACAGAAAUGCAUUUUCUCAAUAAUUUUCAGAUGAAUUGGUUCAAAAACAUGUGUUAAAGGUGACAAAGAUUAAAUCGUUAACAGAUUUUCCUUUUCUAAAAAACAGUAUCAAGUUAACAAUAAAAUGUUAUACCAGU